GAGCGAUACACUUGUACCAUGUCUUUAUAUUCAGUGGCUUUCAAGUCUUUUGACAAUUUAUGACAGAAAACUAAAUCUUUAAUACGACAGCAGUGUUUCCGAUAGCAGGAAAAAUCUUGACGGAGCCAUUUGUUCGUAUUUAAUUUGAUUUCAAGAUCAGAUACUUAUCUAACUGUUAGAAAUACUCUUUGAGUUGUUCACUCUCUUAAAUGUUCUAGUUAUGUUUUUUUUGUAGACUGAAAUCCAGCCUGUGAUCGCAACAACAUAGGCUUUUAAACUCAGUUUUAGGUUUGGGUUGUGGCAGAAAGUUAUUGUGGUUGUGAGCGAUGUGAACACAUAACAAAAUGUGAAAUUUCAUUAAAUUAUAGGUUUGCUUCAUGUACCACACGUAUGCCGAAUUAAAGUCGGCUUGUUUUGGACACAGUAUAUCUUCUGUUAUAGCAGUUAUGGGGGAAUAUGCGUUUGCGAAAAGUAAGAAUAUAUAAAAUUAUCAAAAUUUUGAAUGAAGUUUGGCCAGAGAUUCAUUCCUCAGUAGAAAACAGAUCCAUAUAAUAUCAGGAUCAGUUUCUGCUGCUAUACAGUGAAUCUUCAAACCAAAUAUUUUUAUGCAAUGGCUUACAGAAGAGCCAUAAAUCUCCUUCCUAGAGGAAAGGAGUGUGUCUUUAGUAUGUUGAUGCCUCCACAUUCACCAAAUGUCUUCAGUAGACCUGUUAGGUUUCAUGAACUCUCCAGUAAUCGCUGUGGGGGAACCACAAGAACUCUUCACACCGGUGCACGACUGAUGGUGGCCAAGUUACUGUCGCUGGAUGAGCUGUUUGUCAAGAGGUCUCUGCAGGACUACCUGAAGAAGAUGGAGACAGAGUAUAGUGAAUGUUUGAACGUUGUCAACAGCAGCGGGACAGAGGGGGAGCGGUGCAGUGACGACGAUUUGAGGGCUAAGAGGACCAAAGUGUCCCAACUGGCUCCUCUCAUCCAGAGCAUCAGAGAGCUGGACGUCAAACAGAAGGAGAUAGCUGAGACUGAGACGCUCCUGAAAGAUGAAGACCCAGCUCUGCGAGAACUGGCUGAGCUUGAGAGGGAAGGUUGUGUGCAAGAUAUCCAGGAUCUGAGACAAAAGAUCCUGGAUAUGUUGAUCCCUGAGGAGGAGGCGGAUCUGAGCGACCUCGUGCUGGAGGUCACGGCCGGUGUUGGGGGUCAGGAGGCCAUGCUGUUCACUGCUGAGUUGUUUGACAUGUACCAUGGCUUCGCUCAGCACCACGGCUGGUCCUUUGACAUCUUGGAGUACAUGACCAGCGAGAUAGGUGGUCUGCGUCACGCCUCGGCCAGCAUCAGUGGCUCUCAGAGCUACAAGACGAUGAAGUUUGAGGCCGGAGUUCAUCGUGUCCAGAGGGUCCCCAAAACUGAAAAACAGGGCCGUAUGCACACCAGCACCAUGACUGUGGCUGUGCUGCCCCAACCCACUGAGAUCUCCUUCACAAUAAAUCCAAAGGAUCUGAGGAUAGACACCAUGAGGGCAAGCGGAGCCGGAGGUCAACAUGUCAACACCACAGACAGCGCGGUCAGAAUAGUCCAUCUACCUACAGGCACCGUUGCAGAGUGCCAGCAGGAACGGUCCCAGCUGAAGAACAAGGAGAAAGCCAUGAAGGCUUUAAGAGCCAAACUGUACAGCAAGAAGCUGGAGGAGGAGACCAGCAAACGCUACAACCAGCGUAAAAUACAGAUCGGCACCAAAGGCAGAUCGGAGAAGAUCCGGACCUACAACUUCGCCCAGGACCGGAUAACAGACCACCGGAUCGGCAUGACGGUGCACGACGUCAAGAGCUUCCUGUUAGGAGAGGAUCUGCUGGAUGAGAUGAACUCCUCGCUACAGGAAUUCUCCGACCAGGAGACGCUCAUGGAGCUGCUGGGAGAAAACGGCCAGGAGGGCUCAUGAGUUUGACUCGGAGGAAAAAGGAUUGUGGUGUAAAUGGAAACUGCUUGCUACAUGAGAAAAAGGACCAUGAUGGAUUAUAAGGGUGACACAAGUCUUAAUGCUUCUGCCCUCCCAGAGUUUGAAAUAUGUUAAUAUUUAUUACCUAUGUCUACACAGUCAGAUUUUAUCUCCAUACAAAUGUCCAGGAGUGAAAAACAAUGUCAGCACAGACUUAUAAGUGGAAAAUAAAAUGACUCAUCUAUGGGGUGAUCAGAAA